UUUUAUUUGUAUUGGCAUUAGUCACUGACCGGCCGGGUAACAUUGACACAUUUCUUGGGUUGAUUGUUGCCUUAUAAGAGUGUGAGAGAGUGUAAGAAAUGCCCAGAGAAAAGGUGAGCCAGAGAGGGAGAGAGAGAGAGAGAGAAUGGAGAGAGAGGUGAAAAUGAAUGAAAUUCCUCUCCCACUACGCCGCACUUCGCUGUGUCUACUCAACCGUCGCACAUUGACGAAUUCGACUGGAGUUCGUCCCUAUAAUUGGGCUCCUUGAAUCGCACAUCCUGGCACGAGGAUCGACGGCAGCUGUUGGGUGUCAAUUGGCAGAUGGCGCGCGUGGGUGUGGUGCGAUUUGGGAUGAGCAGGUGAGGCGAGAGAGCGCGCGUUUCUGAGACAAUUAAGCCAAACAAGCCACCCUCAACCGCUUCGAGACCCUCUCGCCCGUGCCCUGAAUAACUUAAUGUGAAAAUUACUUUUGAAUUAUUUCUACUAUUCCCAUGUGAGUUUGUGAGCUGGUGUGCGAGUGUCUGUUAAAUAUUGAAGCUCUUCUCUCUUUGUCUCUCUCAUCGCCUUGGAACGUGUUUCAAUUCGAUCGGGAAACUUUUGCAGUUUUUCAAAUUAAAGCCACUGUCAGUACGCUGUGAGCAUUCACACUGUUAACAUCAAUCUUCUUCGGCCUGUCCGCGACUCCUCAGCACACAUUUCCACUUAUCAAACAUCAACUGGAAAGGUGUUAUGAAAUUGAUAAUUUCUCUGGCGUCUGUGGAAAUUCUCACUGCGGGUUUUCCACCAACAAACUAGGCAAUUUUCACAGUGCACCGUGAGAGUGAAAGAGAGCGAGAAGAGAGUGACAAAAGUGUCGAGAGAAUUCAAUUUUUUUUUUAUAUAUAUUAACCCAAUGUUGACAGAAAAUCCACUGAGUUGAAUUUUGAAAUUGAGCGAAGAAAUUGCAAAUACGCGAUCAAAUAAUUGCCAUUUUGUUAUCCCACUUCAAUCACAGAAAUUUUGUUAAAUGUAGUGAGUGACUUUUAUUGUUAUAAUUUCAUAUACACAUUCGCAAUUUUCAUUUCCACUUUGGUUGUGUGUUAAGUGCAAAAGAGUUCAAUUCCAUUCAUUACAGCGCAAAGUCAGGUGAAAUUGUGCGAAGUUUUUCAUCUCCAACACAAUAAUAAUAUUAAAAAAAAACCGACGAGAGACAAUAUAUAAAUGUAAAAGAGAAGACGCAAAAUAGCAAAUAAAAAGGCACAAACACAGGCAAAGUACAAAUAAAAUAAUUCGGAGUAAAACUAGGCUAAACAGUGACUACCAAUAUCACUCGGCAACAUUCAAUAAAACAUAAAUAACAACCAGUGGAAAAAAUACAACACUGGGCAAAGUUUCCCCUUUUUGCAACUCUCCUUCGCUGUGCGUGAAAAAGUUUAAUAGUUUUUCAUCGAAACUUCUUAUCACCAUCUGGCCUGCGUGCUGAAAACUAAGUCAAGAAGGUGCACAAGAAGGCGAACUGAGGGACACUCGAGACCACAAAAUCGCUUUGGACAAGAGAACUUGGACUCGAAGGUGGAGAGAAUGAGAUGCAAUUCCGGAUUCCUCAGGUGGCCACCACUUUUAGUCAUCAUUGGAUCAUGCCUUUACCUGCUCUUGACAUUCAACACAGUGAAUUCCAGUCCAAUUCACCAGAGAGUUGUGCGCAUGUUGCGAGAGCAGGAAAGUGAGCAGAUCAUCAGUCCUCGCAAUGGAUCAAUUGAUUACCAGCAAGUUGCAAAGGAAGCGGAAAAGUGCCUCCUGGACGGUGUUUUGGUGCCAAAAAGCCAAGCCACGUGCGCCACAAAACCCGGUUGUCGUGUGAUUCAGAAGACCGGCGAAUGUUGCCCAGAAUUUCAGUGUCAAUGCGAGCGAGACGGUAAAAUUUAUGCCACCGGCGAGAAGCUCGUUGAUCCAGAAACACCUUGUCGAGUGUGCUACUGUCAAGGUGGCGAAUUUAUCUGCAACAAUGUAACGUGCUACAUUAGGAACGACUGCGAGCCAAAGUACAUCGCCGGAAGGUGCUGUCCGGAGUACGACAACUGUCCGCCUCUGGAGCACGUCAAAGUUGGACCAACUGAGAUGAUGCUCGUGACGAAUCCUCUGGAAACGACGACUCCUGAAGCGAUGGACAACAGCGAGACGACCACAACAGUGCGCUCCACGAUCCUCUAUCCACUGCCCAACAACCACCUGGGCAUCAAAAUCAAGGAGAUCACGAAAGUGGAGGAGAUCAGAAUAACGAAUCCGCCCAAAAUCGAAUCUCUGCCCACAGCGAAGACACCCACGAGCACGGACACUGCGACAGCGGAGACGCCUCGUUCCACAGCGCCAGUGGCGUCGACGGAGGGCAGCGACGUGAACAAACUGGAGGACUUCGAGGUGGGCGAAGAGGAGGCCACGCGUGACACGAACAAGAGCGUUCGCCAGACAGUCACGGAGGAGAGUUUGCUGGAGCGGAUGCCCGAGGAGCUGAACUUGACUGAGAUCUCCACGCCAGAGGAGGAGCUGGUGAGCUUUCUGUCCAGCACUGCGCCGGCAGAUGCGAAAUUGUAUCCCUCAGUGGUGCAAAUGGGCGACAGGGUGGUGAUUGUGGACCAGAACGGCAACACGAAGCCAAUAACGAUUGUUGGCGUGGAAGGAUUGCAGCUGGGCGGCGAGGAAUUGGAGCACAUCGAGCUGAGCUCAACCGCCAGUUCGAUGGGUGGCAGUGACUUCAUCUCCAUGGCCUCUGGAGAUGACGCCACCAAUGAGAUCUUCGACGUGGAGAGUGGAACGACAGAGAUGCCGGGCAGAGAUGAGGAGGAUCAUUUCAGGGCGUCAAGCAGUAAUGUGUUCAUUGUCGCUUCCACGCCACAAGUUGAGAGUUCCGGGGAGAAUCUGGUGCUGCUGGUAAACAGCUCGCUGACCGACGAGGACGACACGGUCUACAACACAAUCAUAUACACACCAGCGCCGGAUGGCAAUUCCAAUGAGACGGAAAUCUUCGACACCACUUACUUCCCGGAAGACGAGUCCACGGAGAACGACACCACGGAGAACUGGCUCAAUGCCCGCGGAUUCUCGGCCACGAGCGAGGAGGACACGACUAGCACCUCGCCGGCGGCGUUCGCCGAGGAGAGCGUCAGCCAUCCGCAGACGUACAUCGAGGAGGACGAGCUGGCCAACCAUGAGCUCAUCAACCCCGAGUAUCCGCCGCUGCCCGAGGACGUGAGCCUGUACGGCCGGGAGCACGGCUCCGCGCCCUUCGCCGACGAGGACAUGGAGCAGUCGCGCACGCAUCACGACCACGCGGAGAAGUCCCUGAUGGACGCCUCGACGGAGAGGAUGAUCCGACUGAACGGCACGACGGACGAGCCGAGGGGAUCGACAACGGAGGACACGGUGCUGAAGGUGGAGGAGGAGAUCUCCUCGCCAGAGUCCCUGGUCGUGCCGCCGCACAAUCCCAAGGACGACGCCGAGAGUCUCAAGUACAGAAGCGAGCAGAGCCUCGCCGAUGAGUCCCUGCAAGUGGAGGACAAUCGCUCGGACGCGUCGCAUCGAGGACUGCUGAGGUCCUUGUAGUGAAUCAGCCCUAGGAAGUACUAUUUAAUCGCCCCUCCCCAGAUAUUUAACGACUAUUCAUAUGAUUUUCUUUGUUUUUUUCCCUCAUUUCUGCAAUGCAGCAAAAGAUGUCUUGAAGAAAAAAAGAGAGAGAAAGAACUUGAGUGCCAGAUUAUUUGUAGGUGAAAGAUUAUUAGCAAUUUUUUACUACAAAUUUUUUUAUUGUGUAAAAUCUAUUUGAAUUUUUCUUUGUGGUAAUUAUUAAUAUAUUUUGCAAAAUGACCUGCAGACUGAAAUGAGUGGAAUUUCUCUCAUUGCUGCAAUGAAAUUGCAUGAUUAUAAAGAUAAGAAUUAAGAAGAGCAAAAGAAAGAAAAAAAAACAUUUUAUCUGCGUCAGAGAGCAAAUUAAGAAGUCUCAUAGAGAGUGAUUAAUCAGAAGCAAACUUUGUUAUUAAUUCAUUUAGGAUCGCCGAUUAUGAGUGAUGCACAUUAAGAACACUAAAAACAAAUUACGUCAUAUUAUAAACUCAAUUGAAUGCAUUGAAAGGUGAAAAUUGAUUUGCAAAAUUUUCUGUUGUGAAGCCAUUUUAUGAUGAAAACAAACACAUUUCGUUAAACGUUUUUAUGUGAUGUGCAUUUAAAUUUUAUUUCUCCUCACUUUUGAUGCAUUUCAUAGUCCGUAUUAAUAAUUAUUUUAAACAUGUCGACGAGUGAGAAGUAUUUAAAAUAGUGAGAAUUAUUAAUUAAACAAAUUAUUUGCAGUAUAAAUUAUUAUACAAUUAUUAUUUUCUAAGAAGAAGUCAGUCAUUAAGUCGUAAUUCAAUGAAAUUUUAGCAAGUUAAUGAGAAGUGGAGAGAAGAAGAAAUCCUUUUCUAAUGUAAUUGUACAUUUCAUGAACUAUAAAGACAAAAGAAGUGAAUAUUAAAAUUCAAUAAAAAAAAAACACUCAAAUAGACCCAUUAUGGCGUGUUCUUUCUCCCCAUUCUUUUCCUCGUUCGCGGAUAUUUCCUCACGUCUGCAGAAAUUGUGUAACAUUCGCAUUUGAAUAUUGUAAUUUGGCGCUCGCAUCUCCCGAUGCUUGCGCACCGGAGAAAGUGUUGUAAUCGCGUGUGUGGGAAAAUCAGUCACGUUGCCCCACAUCAAUUGUGCCAGCGCGGAAAGC